AUGGCUUCUACUUCUGGAACUAAGAAGCCUAAAGGGCCUAAGCUCCCUGAGAAGAUAUAUCUUCCAGACUCUGACUCCGAUGAAGAUGCAUUUGACUUUAGCUUCUUGGAUUUUUUUGAAGAAACUUUCAAAGCCCCCUCAAGACUAUGUGAUGAUCAAUUUCUUAACUUAUUGUGUGAUGAAAACCAUGUCCACUUAGAUGAGGGCAAUGAAGAUGUUGGUAUGGAGUAUAGGGUGCAUGAUCUCAAUGUUGACUGGAAAGAGAUGAGGCCCCGAUUAGGAGACUGUUAUGAAUCCCCUGCUCAACUCAGGGACAACAAUGAUAAUAACAAAAUGCAGUGUCCAUUUAGGGUUGCAAUUGGAUGGAAGUACAACAAAAGAACAUUCCAGAUAAAAUUUUGCAAUGAAAUGCAUCUGUGUGCUAGGAAUUAUCAUUUUGGUUCCUUAGUUACUAGCAAUUGGUUAGCCAAACACUACCUGAAAGAUGUAAUCAUGAAGCCCAAUAUGACAUUGCUAGAGAUGCAAGCAGAUGUGCUACAAAGGUUUUCAGUGAGUGUAUCUCUUGGGAAAUGCCAAAGAGCAAGGGCUACUGCAAUGGGGAUGAUAGAAGGGAAGUUAGAAGACCAUUAUGCCAAGGCUUUCAGUGAUGGAUGGAGCAGAGGAUGUAGAAGGGUAAUAGGACUAGAUGGUAGUCUCUUGAAGGGGCAGGUUAAGGGGGAGAUUUUAACUGCUAUUGGGAGGGAUGCAGACAACCAUGUCUACUCAAUAGCAUCGGCAGUUGUGAAUGUUGAGAAUAAGGACAACUUGACCUGGUUCAUUGAUAAUUUGGUUGCUGAUUUGGAUCUUGGUGCUGGCAAUAGAUUGGUUGUUAUCUCAGACAAACACAAGGUACCUAAGCCACCUGUCCCAAAAAGGAAGAUUGGAAGACAUAGGAAAGAUAGGGAAGGCCAACCUAUCUUUGAUCAAUUCCCUCCAGUUGAGCCUGCUAUACCAAGAAGUGAUGUUGCUCCUCCCACAGUUUCAGAAUGUGGUGAUCAAGUUGGUGGGCCUAAUGUACCAAGAACUGAUGUUACUCCUCCCCCAGUUUCAGAAUCUGGUAAUCAAGUAGGUGGUCCUAAUGGUAUGAGUCAAGAAACAGAGGAUGUUCAGGAACAAGAACAUGAUGACAAUGAGGUGAAGGUGAGUGAAAGACUUACUUUACAGGAGUUGCUGAUGUCUGGAUAUACACAUGCUGAUGCAGUGGCUGCUAUGGAAGAGGUUUAUGGAGAGGUUGAGGAACAACAGAUUGAAGAAAAAGAGGUUGAGGAAGGAGUUGAAGAUAGAGAGGUUGAAGAAGAAGAAGUUGAAGGCAUACAGGUUGAGCAAGAAAAAGUUGAAGGCAUAGUGGUUGAGGAAGAAGGAGUUGAGGAAAGUGAGGUUGGAGCAAGAGUCCUACCCUCCAGAAGAAGUUAUGGUGCUUACAAUUUCCAUUGGGAGAAAAAGAGGAAACCCUCUGAAAGAAUUGGGAAGUUGAAGCUCAGGAAAAUGGUUGAAGAUGUUGAUGUUGGAUAUAGUGUCUAA